CUGACUUGUGAUAGACAUAUGGAUACUCUCGCAUGUGCAAAGGAUCGGUAGCUGGCCCUCAUCAUCCCGUUUUUUCGAUUGGCCGAAUGCGUCCACCAUGACCUGAGGAUGCCCUGGAGAUCCUUUGGAAUACAUGCAACCAAUGCUCUGGAAGCUCUGGAAGCCGCGGGAAGCCCGCCGCGGAAGCCGCCGCUGCGUCUUAUCGUCCUUGGCGGACUUGGCUGCCAGCCCUUUGGAGAAGAGGUCUAUCGAUGACCUGAUCCAGCUUGGCAAAGCCAGUCACAAGGAGCGCGCCUUGCAAUUGCAUGAGACCCUCAAGGUAGGCCUGGCUCGCUGUGCCAUGAGGCUCGCCAACCUGCCGCUGGGCUUUUGCCACGCACCAAGCAUAAGACGUGUUUCGUCAACGUACGUCCAGAACUUCAAGCAGGUGAUGGACUUCGAAGACAAACAUGGUGUCGAGGGUCUCGCCAGCGAGGAGUACCAUGGCAUCACGAAUGGCAUUUUCAAUCAGCACCGUGGGACCAUGCUGGAUGUCGCAAAAGGUGUCUUCGAGUUCAAUGAGGACUUGAAUCAGCUCUUUGGGCCAGACCUGGAGCUGGCGGAGCUGAGACAUCUGCAGCUCAUCCAGGACAUUGAAGAGUCUUUGGAUGAGUUCUUCACGAACCGAUUGACCUUACGCCUGAUGAUCUCGCAUAUCCAAGCGCUCAAUGCCAACAAGACCAUGAACAGCGACGGAGAGGCCAUGGUGGGUGUGGUGAAUGUCAGCACUCAUCCAAUCACGAUCCUCUCCAGGGCGUACGUGGCCACACGCUUCAUGUGCAUGCGUGAUUUUCAAACAGCGCCGGAUCUCCUGGUGAAUGGGACCAUGCAUGAUGAGUAUGUGCAGCAGGGAGCUCAGCAGCACUUUGCCUACGUCCACACGCAUUUGUUUUACAUUUUCUUGGAGCUGGUGAAGAACGCAGCACGUGCAUCAAUCGAGCGGGCUCAGUUAGAAGGUCUGCUGGAAGAUACCUUGACGCCCGAGAACCCUGGUGAGAUCAGAGGAGAGAUACCGCCGAUGAGGGUCACAGUGCCUGAGGAUCAGAAGAUCUGGGACCACGAGAGGUCAGUGAAGCUGGCUGACCAUGGUACUGGCAUGAACCGGCGGGUGCUCGGCAAGGCAUUUUCCUACUUCUACUCCUCGGUGAAAGCCCGACCCACCAUUGCUGCAGAGGUCAGUGAUUUUGACCGCCGCAUGCCCCUGGCGGGCUUCGGCUUUGGCCUACCGAUUAGUCGAGUAAUGGCUCGCUAUUUCGCUGGCAACAUCGACGUGAACUCGAUCCCUGGACAGGGCACAGAUGUCUACGUCUAUCUGUGAUGGGCGCAGCAAACCCUUUCGCGAUCUGCGGAGAAAUGGUGAUGGUUUGGAAGCUAU